AUGUCUGACAGCUCUAGUGAAUCCGACUGUAGCUCGCUCCCCCCUACACUCCAGCGACCUCUCCGCGAUACCACUUACCAGCCUGCGACGAACGACCCAUUGCAAGUAGGUUCUGCAACUGCCAGUGACCCGACUGCUGCGUCCAGCGCGUCAACUUUUAGUCCAUCCAAAUCGCCCAGACCAUCCGACACUCAACGGCCUAUUCUUCCUCAUCCUAAGCAACACUUCAAGAACUCUGUGCAUCGCGUCAUCGCAGCGCGACGCACACCCACAAUGAUGCUCUCCAGCCAUGUCGGCGCAGAGCCAGGCAUUGAUCCCCGUCGUGCAUCUGCAAACGCGCACUACGGGAAUCUUCGUCAGCAGUGCGUGAUCGAGCUCGUUGACUACUCCGUCUCGCGAUGCUCUUUCGGACGUAUGACGAAUCAGGAGCUGGUGAGCUAUUUGAGUGACCCCGUCGCGAGCGAGAAAGAGCCGUGGACGAAGGUGCGGUGGAUCAACGUCGGAGGCAUGAGCUGGGAUGUGAUCAGUGCUCUUGCUCUAAGAUACGACAUGCAUCCACUUGCAAUUGAAGACAUGCUGCACCAGCACGGCCAUGCCCGCUCAAAGGCUGACUACUACCCCAAACACUUGUUCCUUCGUCUACUUUGCCAUCGGCUAGCACCGGACGAUGAUAUCUCCCUUGAUGCAUCUCUCGGACAUAUGCCGGUUGAUCCGGUCACUAUUCUUCGUAGUGAAUCGCCCGAACCGAUGGACCCCGAGCAUCCCGACGACAAGGGAUACGAGACGGCAGAUGAAGAUCACACAAUGUACGGUAGUAGCCCAUAUAUCGGUGCUAGCUCGUCGAAGUUCUCCGCGAAGGGUAAGUCUUCUGCGCCAGUCGACGUAGAGGCAAUGAGCGGAGAGAAGCCACGUCCGAGACCCGUGCCUCAUCACUCAUGGUCAUCGAGCUUUAUGCAUCGGGCGCACAAGAAACAGAAACAUGCACAAGACUGGAAGCUCAUCCAGAAGCUGAAGAAAGGCGAGAGAGUGAAUGUGAAGCUCUAUCCUGUUUGCAUCUUCCUCUUCCGUGAUGAUCCGAAGCUAGACUUUACCGCCCCAAUUCGGGAUCGCUUACGACAAUCGGACACGGGCUUGCGUACGACUGCUGAUCCCUCUCUUCUGGUCCAAAGUCUAAUCGACUUGAUUGUUGAUCAAGCGUUGGAAGUGGUGGAGGAGUAUCAAGGGAAGAUUCUCAACAUUGAGAAGGCUGUGCUCCUCAAGCCCAACAUGAAAACCGUCACUUCGCUGCACGUUUUCCAAGAGGACCUCAUUCUCCACAAGAGGACUCUUGAGCCGCUCAAGACUCUUGUCUACGGACUGCGCCGAUAUGACGCGGACCGCGCAGCAGCUAUCAUGGAAAGCGAAGACGCAGAGAUGGAUCCCGCAGUCCGCCCUGUGGGUUACAUGAGCGACAAGGCAAAGAUAUAUCUUGCGGAUGUGUACGACCAUCUAGAGUAUAUCCUUAACAGCCUCGAAAUGUUUGCAGGAAUUAGCGAUAAUUUGAUCAAUUAUACAUGCAACAUGGUCUCGUACGAGAUGAACGAGGUCAUGCGACGACUCACACUGGUGACAAUCAUCUUCCUCCCGCUCAGUUUCCUUUCUGGCUACUUCGGAAUGAACUUUCAACACAUGUGGUCAACCAUGACACCAACCCAUUCUGAUCUUCUGUACGUCGCCCUUCGUUUGUUCCCGACUUUUGGACCUUCGUUGAUUGUAUUCUCCAUAAACUACGUCGCCGCAUAUCCGAUCCGUGGAACAAUUUGA